AUGAUACAGCGGGAGGAGCAAGACCUGGACUGUGUGGUGCGAAGCCGUCGCGUCGGCUCGUACGUCUUCUGCGAGCACUUUCCCGAGGAGAUUCUUCGAGGAGCGCUCGCCUACCGCCACCGCCCUGGCGAAGUGUACAUUGUGACGUACCCCAAGUGCGGCACAACCUGGAUGCAGCACAUCGUCUACCACAUCUGCAGACUUGGCCAGCCACCACCGAGCGUCGAGCAUUUCUUCCGGAGCAUGCCUUUCCUCGAGAGGCACGGCGUAGAGGCCCUGGCGGGACUGUCCUUUCCCGGUAGCGCAAUCAAGACGCAUAUGCUCUACGACGAAGAUCGCAUCUGUCCCGAAGCCAAGUACAUCUACGUGGUGCGCAACCCUUUCGACUGUUGCGUCUCCUUCUACCACCACUACAAGCUCUAUCCCAUCUACCAGUUUGAACAAGGUACCUUCAACGAAUUCUUCGAGCUUUUCCUCGCCGGCGACGUGGAUGGCGGAGAUUACUUCGACCACCUCUUUUCCUGGUACCCGCACCGAAAUGACCAAAACGUGCUUUUCAUCAGGUACGAAGACUUGAAAAGAGACACGAAGUCUUGGAUUCUCGCAUUGGCUGACUUCCUCGGGGCCGAGUACGGAGAUGCGCUCCGCGCUGACUCGGACGCCUUAUCCAAGGUGCUGAAAGCUUCCAGCGUUCCUGAAGUGCGACGAUUAGCUGAGCUCGAGCGAGAGUACCAAGCUGAACUGAUGGCCUACACGCCAAGGCACAGGCUUCCACGGUGGGCACAGUUGUACCUGGACCACUCCGGCCACCGAGCGACCAGCAAGCCAGCGGAAGGCGCAAGCGUGGUCCGCAAAGGUGUCGUGGGAGACUGGAGGAAUCACCUCACCUCGGAGCAGCUGCAGAGGCUGAAGGACAGAGCGGCAAUGAAGUUUAAAGACAUCGACGUACUGAGCCUAUGGAAGGACUGCCUCGCACUCUAAAACGAAGGGCAGAUAUGUCCGCACCAAUCUCCAAUUCAAGCGGUGCUUGCUUACUUGCUUUCCGCCGUUCAUCGGUGUCUAGUACGUUAUACUUUGCGUUGCUAUUCCGACUAGUCGCAAUAAUAAUUCAGAAUAAUGCUCUAGGUAAUGUUGUGUUCCAAUCAAUGCUCCAUGUAAUUG